AUAAAACCUAUAUUCUUUAAUUCUUUUUUACGUGUAUACAUAAAGAAGCGCGCCUAUCUUAAUCAUCCAUGUCCAUGAUAGGAAACCAGGCAUUAGUGUGGAGCUGAAAAAGUGUUUCACAUACAGACGCACCACUAUAUCAGCGCUGGACUCGCCUUUUUCUUGAGAAAUCAAUCUUCUUUCUUCUCUGAUCUUCACUCUCUCUGUCUCUCGCCUCAUCAGACUAAUACAGCCUGAUAGCUUGUUGAAAUUGAAUUACCCAUCAUCAUGGCUUUCUUGGUGUAUUUACUGGUUCUCUCAGCUUUGAUUGGCCGGUCAAGCGCUCUUUACUGUGUAUGCAAAGAUGGUGUGGCUGAUCAAGUGCUUCAGAAAAAUAUAGAUUAUGCGUGUGGAGCUGGAGCUGACUGUACUCCUAUUAUGCAAAAUGGAGUUUGUUAUAACCCUAACACUGUGAAAGAUCACUGUAACUGGGCUGUUAAUAGCUACUUCCAGCGAAAAGGACAAGCUCAGGGAAGCUGUGAUUUUUCAGGCACUGCCACCACAAGUGCUAAUCCACCAUCUACUUCAUCUUCUUGUGUUUAUCCCUCAAGUGCAAGCAACGCAGGCAGCCCAACCAUUGGCACACCAGGCACAUCUCCUUCCACCAUCGUACCACCUUCCGGUACUGGAACCGGAACAGGUACCGGAACUGGGACUGGUACCGGCACCGGUACUGGCACUGGAACCACCAUGGGAAGUCCUGUGUUUGGAAUUAGCCCAACAUCAUCUACAACACCAUUCAAUGAUAGUAGCAGUGGUGGGGAGAUUCUUGUGGAAGGCACUAAAUUACUGAUUCCCCUUGUUCUUACCUUCUGGCUAUCUUUUCUCAGAGUCUAAAUGGUACAGUGCUAGCUGUAAUAGUAAGCUAGUGUUGUUAUAAAGGAGAAAAUACUUGGUGGUUGGGUUGGAUUUUUGGAUGAGAUUUUGGCAUUACAGAGGAUGGGUAGUCUUGUAAAUUUAUUUACCAAUUGAGGAGAAUCAUCCAGAAAGCAGGGAGGGACCCCACUUAGGAUAAGCUAGGAAUGGCAUAUAAUUUGUUUCCUUUAUUGUUGUUGUUAUUAUUUUUCUUUUUCUUACCUUUUCUCCAUUUGUAUAUUUAUGAGCAGCACUAUUUGUUGUUCCCCACCGUCAAUUUUUAAUGGUAUUUUCAUUCCAAGAUGCCC